AAUUUCUCUUCUUAGGCCUAGUUCCAAAGCUUUCUUCCUUUUCGGCCCAAGGCCGCCUUUCUUGCUUCCAAUCCACGCUCCAGCGCGGUAGUAUAUCUUCCGGGCUUGCUCAUCCUCUUCUUGUCACGAUCGAGGCGCGCAUUUUGAGGUGGGAUCUAGCUAGGGUUUUGUCCCGGGAAGAGGCUCGUCGAUGAUUGGGAGCUAGAAUCUCGUCCGCGCCAUGGCCGGCUCCUUCUGGGGCUCGAAUCUGCCAAACAUGCUCGAAAGCGAAGAGUGCACUCUCGAGGAGAUUCUCAACGAGGAUGAUGUGCUCCAGAGCUGCUACCGCAACCAAGAUCUCAUGAAAUUCCUCCAGAACAAGGAUCGGAUGAAGAAAAUGAUCUCGUACGCCAUCGUAGUGCCAGUUCACGACGACGAGAAAUCUUACAAGUACUCUUUUGUAUCGAGUGCGAUACUGAGCUCGGAAGUGGACGACAUCUUGACAACGCUGGCCUGUGAUGAAGAGCUGAUGGAGUCUCUCUUUUCUUUUCUGGUUCCUGACUAUGAUCGAGAUGAUCAACAAGCUGGAAACUUUUCCAGGAUUGUUAUCGGUCUGCUUGUUAGAAAGACGGAGGAACUUAUGCAUUAUAUACAGAAUCAUACAGAAGUUUUGCAGCAAAUGGUGGAUCACAUUGGAUUAACUUCAAUCAUGGAGGUUCUGAUGCGCCUCGUUGGCGCCAAUAACCAAAUCUACACAUACCACUCAGAGGCUGUCCAAUGGCUAGCAGAAACCGAGUUGAUUGAUAUGUUAGUGGACAAGCUCAGCUCUUCCGAGAAGAAGUCUGAAGUCCAUGCAAAUGCUGCGAACACUUUGUGCACAGUAAUGCGAUUGCCUCAGUCUGCUCUCGCCUUGAAACUCUCUAGUCCGAGAUUUGUGACAAAGCUUUUCACUCGGGCCUUGGAAAACGUAAACUCGAAGGCAAUUCUCGUGCACUCGUUGUCUGUGUGUAUCUCUUUGUUGGAACCGAAGGGGCAGCCGUCUACUGUUGUCCCAGAGACUUUAGAUGAGAUGCUUCAGACCUUAGGUGAAAUGCUAAAAGUGUUGGAUGUUUCUAAGGACGAAGCGUCACUACCGACUACUUAUGGGAUAUUAAGGCCGCCAUUCGGUACCCAUCGUCUAAAGAUUGUGGAGUUCACUGCCGCUCUCUUAAGAGCAGAUCCCGACAGAGUUGGAGAAGUUCUGGUUCAGCACAAGGCAUUACAGAGACUGCUAAACCUGUUCUUCGACUAUCCCUUUAAUAACAUGUUGCAUCAUCAUGUGGAGACCGUACUACUCACAUGUAUUAAUUAUGGGAGCUCUACUGUCGUCGAUAACUUGUUUCGAGAUUGCAACCUCGUAGGAAGGCUGCUUGAAGUGGACAAAGACCCAUACGUUUCGAAUACGCUGCACGACCAGCAGCGAGAAUCAAGGUCAGAAAGGAAGCAACCUCCAAGAGUCGGGAACAUUGGACAUCUAACGAGGAUUGCCAACAGCUUGACACAAUCUGAAAACGAGCAAGUCCAGAGAUACUUACAGGAUAAUUGGAGCUGGCUCAAAUGGAAGUCCACGGUGCUUCAGGAGCGAAAUACGGUAGAAAAUGUGUACCAAUGGUCAUGUGGGCGGCCGAUAUCAAACCACAACAGACCCUUGGAUAGUGAUGAAGAUGACCUUUGUGAUCGUGAUUAUGGUAUAUCUGCGCUGGCUGGUAACUUGACUAGAAAAGUUUUCAGAUACAACAUGUUUGAUAACGACGACACGGAAGAGGAUGCCUUCUUUGAAGAGGACUCUUCCGAGGUGAUUAUCAAGUCUGCUCGCCUUUGCGACGAGCAGGAGAGUGGUCGCCUCUUUGGGUCGGACUCACCAUGGUUUCCGUUUCAAGACGAUCUUGAAACGAAUCCAGACGUGACUGAAGAUGGACAAAACAUACAUUUUUCCUUAGCAGAUAGCGGCAGCAGCAGUAGCAGCAGCGGCAGCGAUGGCGAAGUAGUUCUUGGUGAGGACGAGGACCUGGUUGACACGGCUACAUCUUCCAACCAAGUCCAGCAUCUGGAACGAGAAGGUCCACGGCCCAAGCGAGACAGGGAGGAGGACGAAGAAGACAGACAGACGCUGGUCGGCAUUACAUCAGACCUCGAAGCGGUAGACUUGGACAGUCUCGAACGCAAGGAAAACGGCGAGAGCAGUCAGUUUGACGGUGGAACACAGGAUCUUCGGCCCGUCUCGGAUGAAGUUUUGGUGUUCGAGAUGGAUAUCUCUCCGGAGCAGAGGAAUGGGCCAGUUACGACAACGUCCGAGUCAUGACGACGCUAGGUAGCGUGACACACGUAUCGAUGUCUAUUUCUUUCUCACAUUUACAGGCUUUUGUUGUCAUCCCGGUACAAGCUUUUUCCGAUUGAUCGAUGUUCAAUCCACUGACUAUCUUUCUACA